CCUGCACACAUCCUUCAAGACGCAAUGUUCCUUUAUGUCCCUGCGAGUGUCUUCUGUAGUCCCCUCGGUGCUCGAACGCCAAGAUCGAGUGAUGAUUAAGGUGCUGAUGCGGGGGCCGAAUCCUGUGGCCCGGCCCGAUCUAAGCCCCAAAAUGCGACUCCAUGUUCACCAACGCCUCCUGUAUAGGCAGCCAUGCCGCCUUUUCAGUGACCUCUUUAAGCAUCUACGCAAGCGAAGAUGCUCUUCAAAGUCGCCAACGUCAUUACUGGCGCGGGACAGAGCGCCGCCAAACAGGAUGAGGGAGCGUCCCUCACGUCGGUCCUCGAGACGCCCGCCCUCCGCGUAGAACUCGCCCUGCUGGUGUUGUUGUGCACCGAUGCGAUGCGCAGCGACUUGGUAGCGACAUUCGACGCCGAUAAAACACACGAGACCGAAUCCUCCACUGCGACGCCACCUCCUACGUCUCCACCGCUGCAGACAGCGACACAAGAUCUUAUCAGCUUCGAUGGGCCGCAGAAUGAAGCCGCAAUCGAGGCAGAGGGACGGAGAAGGGUGCGACAACGAGAGGUGGAGUCGACACAGAUGCUGGGCUUGCGAAGGGCUGCUCUGACAUACUUCGACAAGUGGAGGGCUGGCGUGAUGCAUCGCAUUUGCGACGUACUCUGCGUUCGAGGGGAUGUGGUACGCCAGGCGAAGGCUAAGCGGAAGCAAAUGAUGGCAGAGGGCGAGAGGCAUAAACAAGGCAAUUCUCUCCUGCUUGAUUUUGAAGGCGAUCCGUUCAGCAUGCGUUACACCAGUAAGACGAGGAAGCAUGGCCACUACGAAGUCAUUGAAACGCAGAUGCUUGCUUUCGAGGAAGAAAAGAAGGUUCUCAUAUUGCAUUGCCUCCUUCUACUCAUCUUGAGUUUAGAGCAUUAUUCAGCUCACUCGCGGCUCCUCCUCCUUCAUCUAACAAGCAGCCUGGAAUUGGAGCCGGAUCUCCUGGCUGAGCACGAGAAAUCGAUCGCUCAAGGCCUUCUCGCCACUGCUGCAUCCCAGAUGGAUGCAGAAGAGUCAGCAAAGAAGCAAGCUUCAAACGAUGCGACAUCACGGAAGUGGAAGGUCGGGCUCGCUGCUGUGGGUGGUGCUGUCCUAAUUGGCGUCACUGGUGGGCUUGCAGCACCUUUGCUCGCUGCUGGUCUUGGCACAGUCAUGGGCGGCCUUGGUCUGGGUGUAGUAUCCACCUACCUUGGUGCACUGGCAGGGAGCUCUGUUCUCGUAGGCUCUCUAUUUGGUGCGUACGGCGCGAAGAUGACUGGAAGGAUCAUGGAGCAAUAUGCGAGAGAGGUCCAAGACUUUGAGUUUAUUCCUGUGCAAGAUCCUGAUCGCCCGGCCGCCCAGCGUGAUCACGAGUGGGCAGCAGAGCUAGAUGCCCGUGAUCCCACGAAGCGCGAACAGCAUCGUCUUCGUGUCACUGUUGGGAUUAGUGGUUGGCUCACGUCACCAACCGACGUGAACAAACCAUGGGAGAUCCUCGACGCGGGAGGUACCGAGCCAUUUGCGCUGCGUUUUGAGCUCGAGGCUAUGCUUCGCAUGGGCAACUCGCUCAACGACGUGCUAUUCAGCUACGCUUGGGAUGGCGUCACCUACACCAUUGUCAGCCGCACUCUUCUCGGGGCUUUAUAUGCCGGGCUUUGGCCGCUGGGCCUUGUCAAGGUUGCGAGUGUCCUCGACAACCCUUUCAGCGUUGCGCUGGCGAGGGCAGACAAAGCUGGAAAGGUCUUGGCACAUGCCCUCAUCGAUGGCGUACAAGGCAAGCGACCUGUUACUCUGAUGGGUUACUCGAUUGGAGCGCGCGUCAUAUACUCAUGUUUGGUUGAACUGGCAGAACAGAACGCGUUCGGCCUAGUCGAAGCUGCCGUAUUAAUGGGCACACCGGCGCCUUCGGACAGCAAGUCUUGGAGAAAGAUACGGUCUGUUGUUGCCGCUCGUGUGGUCAAUGUGUUCAGCACUGAGGACUACAUCUUGGGCUUUCUGUACCGGUCCACCAAGCUCGAAUUUGGGGUUGCUGGUCUGCAAGAAAUCAAAGACGUAUUUGGCGUCGAGAAUGCCGACAUGAGCAAGCUCGUCAGCGGCCAUGACCGUUACCGGUACCUGGUCGGAAGCAUUCUUGUCAAGAUCGGUUUUGGCGACAUCGACUUCAAUCGAGUAGCCGAGCAGGAACGUGCUUUGGAGGUCGCGGAAAAGCGGAAAGAGCAGGUCCAAAAAUACGUGCAGCAGCACAAGAAAGACAGCCAACAGCCAGACCUAUCUGCCUCAAGGGCGACAGAGAUGGUGAUUGCCCAACAUUCCUCCAAUAGCUUGGUCAAUGUAUCAGCUCCAUCAUCAGCAGAACCACCAUCGCCACCUCCAAGUCCAUCACGCCCUCGGAGACAGAUGAUUUCGAUGCAGUCAAGAUCAGGCCAACAGCCUUUCGUGCGGCGGCAGCCGACUUUGCCGGCAUCCGCACCUGCGCCAGCUUCUGCGCAAGACCCAUCGCGAAUGGCAGCUCGCUCGGCCUCUGUAGCACAAGUAGGGAAGCCUGCAACGACUGAGAACAUGGAUCCAUUGUCAGAUUCAAUCGAAAUGGAGAGCUCUGCCCCUGCUCUGUCAACACGCCCACCAGCUUACCCCUCAUCUUCCCUGUCCCGAAAACAACUCCCCACGAACAUGACGCCCACACCCGCCGCUGAACCACAGCGCACCAACUUCACACGGCCCACUUGGUCAUCAUCAUCUCAGUACGACCCCGAGCCACACCAGAUCGACAUGCGCGACCUCGAAACGCAGAAAGUCUCACCGUCGCUGGAAGGGAUGCUUAAGUUCCCAAAGGACGCACCUCCGUCCCCUGUCGCUGUUGAAACCUCGAGAAGCGCUCCUCUUUUCACAAGCGCGGCGAAGAAGACGCCCGUAGUCGCUAUUGCGGAAGUAGACGAGAGCGAGUAUAGUGACGAUGACGUGGCGAGCGAAUUUGGAGAGCUGAAUAUGGUGGAGCCCGAGCCGUUGGAUGAUAAUGAUUAUGGGCUGAUGUGAAGGAGCGAGCUGUGCAUUGUUAUAUAGAUACCCCAAGAAACGGUCCAGGAUUUAGACCACAUCAAAUUCUUCGUACAGUUGAGGUUCAAACUCAGAACCCAAGAACCC